CGGUAUUGUUGUGGAACAAACGGACGUAAGCUUUGGAGACUGGAUAGGCUCAGGGUGGAUGUUGCGGAACGAAACGUUUGGUAUUAGACCCAAACUUGGCCGAACAAUAGGGUCUUCCUCGACAAGCCCUACGAGGAGGCUCCAUUUUAUCCCCGAUUCGUCACUACAGUACAGGGACCUGUUGACUUCUCGCUUUUCAUUUGGCCCACAGCGUGCACGACUUCUCGAAAUUCCUAAAGAAGUCCGGCUUCACAUCCUCGACUACCUCUUGCGUCCAUCCAUGACCCAGCCAGUGGAUACCACGCGACGCAGCGUCCUCCAUCCCGCCAUACUGCGCGUAUGCAAACAGCUGCAGGACGAGGGCUCCGCCGUGUACUCAAAGAACACAUUCGCCAUCAAAGAGCGCACGACCUGGACCCACCUCUACCCCCAACUCGACCUCUCCCGCAUCGCAAACUUAGGCACAAUUAAACCCAACAUCAAGCACAUCGAACUAGCCGUAACCCUCGUCAACUACCGCCCCCUCGGCUACCUCGCCGCCGACCAAGGCCACCUCGACAAGACCUGGUCCUUCGAGCACACCCCGGAGCUCGUCUUCGCCUACACGAGCCGUAACCACCCGCCCCUAAACGGCAACAAAUGGCCGUUCUUCCUCGCGCGCACCGACCCAGACAACUUCGCCGCCGACCUGCGCGCGCUGGUCAUGCAGCCGGAGUACCGCCUCGCCAACGCCGCGUACAUGCGCCUCGACCACCGCGGCCUCUUCAACCCCCCCGUCGGCCUCGGGGUCGUCAACGUCGAGACGCUCGCGCUGGCCUGCGCCGGGAUCGAGAGGUGGAUGUUCGGGAUGGAGUUCGCGGACGGCGCGCGCGCGGCGGCGUUCCGGACGUACCCGCUCGCAGCGCUGCUUGCGUCGGUCGUGGCGGUGCGGCCGCCUGUGAAAAAGAUCAUCUUGCGGAAGCUUGGCGCGGCGAAGGGGGAGCUGGAGGCGCUGAUGGUGUAUUUACGGGGCGGGGCGGCGACGCCGAGCAGCGUGUCGCUGUGGCAUAGUUUGAGCAUUUGGAACUGCGCGGGCACGCUGGGGCUGGAGCGGCGGUUUCCGUGGCAUGAUGGGCGCACGCGGUGGGGGAAUAUUGCGUGGACGGAGUGGAGUAAGAGGGCGUGGAGGGUGCUUUUGGUGGAGUAUGAGUGGGUGUUUGAGGCGUAGGGGGUGGAUAGGGGAUAGGAGAUGGUGGUACUGCGGACACCGCUUUGCCAGUGUUGGGGGUCCUUCAGCGAGCUCUUAGAAAUUCAAAGUAUACUGUUUGGAGCGGUCUUUGGACUGACUGAGGCACCACAUGCAGAACUGUAAUGGGGUAUGCGCGAUGUAGAUAUCACGUGACUGAUGUGGAAGGUGGGUC